AUCUGGUUACUGCCGUUUGGAACGUGCCGCUGUAAACCAGUUUUAAAAAGGCUUUUCCUGUUAAUUCACGGCUCAUUGUGCCUCUUGUUUCAGAGGGAAGAAAAGCUGAGUUAGUAAUCUCAAUGGACGCAAUACUGAAUUACAGGUCAGAAGAUACUGAAGAUUACUACACGCUCCUGGGAUGUGAUGAACUGUCUUCGGUUGAACAAAUCCUGGCAGAAUUUAAGGUCAGAGCCCUGGAAUAUCACCCCGACAAGCAUCCUGAAAACUCCAAAGCUGGUCCUCUUCCUACCAUCACCACAGCCACUACAGUAGUGGAGACUUUUCAGAAACUGCAAAAGGCAAAGGAGAUUCUGACUAAUGAAGAGAGUCGAGCCCGCUAUGACCACUGGCGAAGGAGCCAGGUGUCGAUGCCAUUCCAGCAGUGGGAAGCUUUGAGUGACUCGGUAAAAAUGUCAAUGCACUGGGCUGUCAGAAGUAAAAAGGAUCUGAUGCUGGAAGAAUCUGACCAGACUCAUACCAACAAGGUUGAAAAUGAGGAAGGGAACGAGCAAAGAGAGAUAAAGAAAGAGGAGCUGGAUUCAACCACAGAGAAAAUGGAGCAAAAAGAUUCUGAGUCCCUGGAGAAGUCAUUCUCCCCACAAAAUCCGGAUUCUCCAGGUUCUUCAGAUGAGAACCGCUGGCACCUUCAUUUCCGCUGGUCUGCAGAUGCUCCCUCAGAACUCCUGAGGAAAUUCAGAAACUAUGAAAUAUGAAAUGUCCCUGCUCCAGGAGAGAGAGAGCGCAAGACCAUCUCCUGUGCUGCCAACAAGCAGUCCUAGUUCAAAUCUUAAAGAUGUUAUGUUUAUGUGUCAGGUUUGUGAAUCGCUGAGUACUGAUUGCUUCCUCCAUCCUUGAACCCAUUCUCAGGAUGUGUUAGUUAAAUGAGAAAAAUUUUAGAUGUUCCUUUUAAUAUUUAAAUAAACUAAGGCUCUUAGAUUCAAAGUAGCUUGUAUUAUGUGCAUUUUCCUGUUAAUGUUAUUUAUAGAAAUCUAUCUAAAAAGAUCUAUCUCUGUAUUUAAAUAUUUCAUUGAUACACCAUGAUCUUUAUUAGUGCUGGAUGUACAAGAAAUGUUUUCUGACUCUUGACUUAAAAUGAAAUGUGAAAUUACUUGUCUAAACCCUAUAGAGUGAAAUAAACAAUUUUCC